AUGGCUGACGAUGAAUUACCACCGCCAAUUAGGUUGAUGAACUUCGUUUCUGAAGAACAGUUGGAAGAAGCUCGGAAAACUAGGGGUGCUCGAGUCGAGGACGGUACUGCCCAGAGAGAUAGGUCCCUUUACGAGAUUUUAAAGGAGAAUAAGGACAAGAAAGACUCAGAAUUCAGUGAACGUUUCAAGCACAGGCCACCGAAAGCUUUGGAUGAAGAUGAAACCGAGUUUCUUGAUAAACUAGAGAUGUCAAAGAGAGAACAUGAACGCCAAAUGGCAGAUGAAGAAGAGCAGCAACUACAAAGUUUUCAGGCAGCAGUAACAGCACAGUCUGCAAUGGUGCACGAGCUAAAGGAGGCACCUUUAAUUCCUAAAGUCCAGGAUCAAAGAUCAGUUGGAAGGAAGAACCCCUCAUCUCGUCCAUUGGGCAUUGUAAUAAAAGUCAAGCCACAAGCGAAGAAAGCAAAAAUGAAUCCCGCAAAUCCAAAGGAACCUUUAAAUGCUGCCAGCAUACCUAAUGGUGACACAGAAGAGCCUUUGGAAUCGGCAAAUUUACUUAGUGUUGAUACUAAAGAAUCUGUAAGCUCAGUGGAAAUGAAAAAUGGAGAUAGUAAUGUGUCUGGUUUUGUUGCUAGUGGUGGUUUAGUUUCAUAUAGUGAUGAAAGUGAAGAUGAUGACUAA